UCACCUUGGCCAAUAUCGUUAACGGAGCGAUAACCGACAAUAAUUGCCAAGUGCAAGAUUGCGGUAAUAGUGUGACUAUGGGACUGUUAAUAUUUGCGUUAUUCACAUUUGCAACCUGUGACUAUGGUCCCAUCUCCGAUGAGGAUGAAGUAAAAAGGGUAAUUGGCGGUGUGGCUACCACGAUUCAGAAAUUCCCAUACCAGGUGUCGUUGGAGGUGAAUGGAAAGCAUCUCUGUGGCGCGUCCUUGGUGAAACCGCACGUUGUUGUAACCGCUGCCCAUUGCACAUUGGCGUAUCAAGCUCAGCAACUGACGGUGAGGGCCGGAACGACACUUAAAGGAAAAGGUGGCAAAGUCGUGAACGUCUUCUGCAUCAUCGAGCAUCCGGAUUUCUCGCCGAAGACCUACGAUUACGACGUCGCCGUUGGUAUCUUGGAGAGCAGAUUGGAGCUAUCGCCCACGAUUCGAACGAUUGACUUACUACCAAAGGACAGCGUGAUCGACGAGCACGUGCUCGCCUACGCCACAGGAUGGGGUCAGAUGAAGCCGAGGAGCGGAAGCUGGUCCAAUCGCCUGAGAAUGGUUCGGGUGCCCAAGGUGAGCAGGGAAAAGUGCCAGAGGCUCUUGCGUCGCAAGACCGUCACGCCGCGAAUGGUCUGCUUUGGGUACGACGAGGGUGGAAUGGACGCUUGCAGGGGAGAUUCCGGGGGACCGAUAACGAUCGACGACGAGCUGGUCGGCAUCAUUUCGUGGGGUGACGGUUGUGCGAAACCAAAUAAACCGGGGGUUUACACUGAUAUCACCAAUCCAGAAAUAUACGAUUUUAUAGAGGAAUUCUUAUAAGAAAAAUCUGUUUAAGACUC